UUGAAGGCUAAUCCACAUGUUAAGUUCAAAGAUGUGCGUGUUUUACAAUCAAUUCAAGCAGAUGGUUAUUGGAAAGCAGAGCAUAUGAUUGAACAGUUAAUGAAUAGAGCAAUCCCCAUCUUUGAAAUAAUCCAUCCUGGCUGUAUUGGAGUCUUUUGUUUUGAUCAGUCGACAAAUCAUAAUGCAAUGGCAGAAGAUGCACUAGUAGUUACAAGAAUGAAUUUAGGUCCAGGAAAAAAGCAAGCAAAGUUGCAUGAUG